AGGAUAAUGGUAGAGCCUAUUCUUUAGCUCAUCCACAAAAAUAAAAACCAGAGAAAAAUUAAGAAUCUGAGACUUCAAGAGGACUCCUCAAGCCUCAAUGGUCUUCUUUAAUUUUUCAACUCUGGUUUUCUUUUAGAAUUCCAAUUUUUUGUUUAUAUAUAUAACCCAUAUGAAUCUAUUUUUCUUCAUCUUCUCUUCAUCAUUCUUCUUAAUUUGUUGCCUCCAAUGAAGAAGCCUCAUCUGAUUGAGGUUCCUCAUGGGAGGAUAGCCCUUUCCAAUACCCCAAAAUUGAUUCUCAUAGUUACCUUUUCCCUAAUUCUUAUCACCAUUGUCCCUAUCUUUCUCUUUGAUUAUCCAUCCUUAAUUUCCUCCUCAUUCACCUUCCAUUCUAAUAAUUUGUCCCCACUUCCUUCCUCUUCUCUUGCAGAGUAUUCGAAUGAGGCGUCGCCGUCGCUGUCGGCGGCGACGGUGACAAAGAAAUGUGAUUUAUUUAAAGGGGAAUGGGUUCCUUUUCCAGGGGAACCUUACUAUACAAAUGAGACCUGUGGAGAAAUCUAUGAUCAUCAGAAUUGUCUUAAGUUUGGGAGGCCUGAUACUGGUUUUUUGAAAUGGAGAUGGAAGCCUUAUGAAUGUGAGUUAACUCGGUUCAACACAAUGCUAUUUUUCAAGAUUGUUAGAGGGAAGUCUUUGGCCUUCGUUGGAGAUUCUAUGGCAAGAAACCAACUGCAGUCAUUGUUGUGCCUAUUAUCUAAGGUGCCAGUAGAUGUUUCUUACCUGCCAGACGGAAAAACCAAACGGUGGCUGUACACCGACUACAACUUCACCAUCAUAUUCUUCUGGUCACCACACCUAGUUAAAACCACGGAAGAUGACAGACCCAAAGGUCCACUUCUCUUUCCUCUCGUGAACAUUUAUGUAGAUGAGUUUGAUAAGUCCUGGACAAACCAGAUCCCCAAGUUGGAUUAUGUGAUUGUUUCAGCUGCACAGUGGUUCUGGAGGCCAUCCAUGUUUUAUGAAAAGGGUAAGAUGGUUGGAUGCUUUGACUGUAAAGACAAAAAUAUUAAAGACCUUACCCUGUUCUAUGGGUACAGCAGGGCCUUCCGAACUGCCUUGAGAGCCAUUUAUGAAGACCAGAACUUCAAUGGAAUCACAUUUCUGAGGACUUACUCUCCUGGUCACUUUGAUAAUGGUGCAUGGAAUGAGGGUGGUACCUGUACAAAGACAAGACCCUACAUGAGCAAUGAGAAGAAAUUAGAGGGAUUUGAAGAAUGGUUCUAUAAGACCCAAUUGGAGGAAUUUAGAACUGCAGAGAGUGAGGGGAAGAAGAGAGGUUUGAAGUUUAGAUUAUUAGAUACUACUCAAGCUAUGUUGCUGAGACCAGAUGGACAUCCUGGGCUAUACGGACAUCCGCCGGAAGAGAAGAGAAAUGUCUCUGAUUGUGUCCACUGGUGCUUGCCAGGUCCCACUGAUACAUGGAACGAAUUCUUGUUACAUAUAUUGAGGAUGGAGAGUGAAAUUACAGAGACAGAAACCAUCAGAUAAGUGAUAGAUGAGAAAAAGGUAAGGUUUUGAAAAUUUAGUGUAGACUUACAUUCAAAUGUCACUGGGUAGGUCUGAGACCAGCUUUCUCAAAUAAUGCAAGACAGCUGAGUAGGAGUGAUCUAUGUGAGAAUUUUUGUGUAAAUAAAAUGAAAAAACUAGUUGAUGCUUUA